GUACCAACAAGUCGUCUAGCUGUACGCAAAAGCGGCCGAAGCGGUGGCCGCAGCCGUAGGGGCAGCCUCCGUAACAUCGAGCAGCAGUUUUUUUGUGACAUCGUUGCUCGCUGCGGCCUGACUAGAGACUGAACGCCGCACUCUCCGAGCAGCAAGCGCUCCAAAACGCGGCAGGUCGUCACGCCGUCGCGAUGGGCGACAACGAAGCCGCCAAAGGACUAUUGACGCCCUUCGACGCGACGGCGGCUCCCGCGCGGCCGGCGCCCGCUGAGCCGUCGCGCACGCGGCGCCUCGCCGACGAUCUCAGUGAUGAAGACGCCGCGCCCGCGCCGAAGCGGCUGCCGCGCUGGACGUCCGACGAGGAGGCGCGCCUGCGAACGCUCGUCGGCGAGCCGGGAGGAGAGACGUGGAAGACCAUCGCCGAGAGCCUGGGGACGGGCCGGACGGGUCACGCCGUCGAGCAAAAGUGGGCGAAACUCAAGGCCAAGAACGCGGUGGCGCAGAAGCCCGCCGCCAAGAAGCCCGCGUCGCACGAGACGGACCCCGUCGAGCGCGCCAAGAGCCGCGCGGAGAAGGUGUCUGGCAUCGAGGGCGCCAUCCCGCGGCCGAGCGGCGGCGCGCCACACGGCGCGACCUGGGACUACGAGAAGGGCGAGUGGGACUACGAGAAGCCCGCCUCCAAGAAGCCGGCCGCCGCCGCCGCGGCCCCCGUCGAGAAGAAGAAGCGCGCGCGGGUGUACCGCUGCAGGCGCUGCGGCCUCCCCAAGGCCGGCCACAUCUGCAUGGCCGAGCAGAAGAGCGCGCACGGCUCGUGCGAGCGGCCCGAGCGCCAGCGACGAGGCGAUGUCGACGACUCGAUUGCGACACGUCUCGCUACAACUGAGAGAUUGUCGGCGCGACAUGAGGAAACUAUUCGAAAGAACAAAGUGGGGAAGCAAGCGGCACGCAUCGUGACGCUCGAGUUCGCCGCCAAGCGGAUGUUUGGCAAGAUCGAUGCGUUGGAGGUCGAAAAACGGGACCUCUACAGAGCGAGGGACCAGACCGUCGCCACGCCUCCGCGGACCGCGCUGGAGACGCUCUUGGUCGGCGCGGCGGAACGCACGGACCCGGACGUCGAUGCGACAGGAAAUUCCGGUGCGUGGCUGCAUCAACAAGUGGAAGACCUGCGACGGCGGAGGGCGGAGCAACCCGGCCACUACAUCGCACACCUCGAGCGCAUGGCCACUCUAUGGGUAAAAAGGCACGAGACGCUCACGGUGGAGGUACAAGGGCUCAAAGAAGGCACGUUGGACACGAGCGGAGAUGGGACAGACUUGUUGAGGAAGCUCGGCCUAACUGCCGACUUCCUGCUGCCACCGGCCGGCACACCACCGGACGCCGCGCCGGCACGGCCGGCACUAGAGGUCUUCCUCGACAGAACGGGUUUGUCGCGUGACGAGAUAGGCGACGAGGCCCUGGCGUGGGCGAAGGCGUGCGACGCUGUCGCGGAACAUCACGAAGUGCGCAGCUGUGGCACUUGUAAUGGUAGCAGAGUCUUCAGCUGGAACGGUGACAAAGCAUUCAAGCUGUGCGACCUUUGUCGUGCGAAACAUUUGGCGCAAAAAUGGAAGAGGCGG